CUUCCCGCCUACAACUGUACUUGACCAUGUCUACGGCAAAGCCCCUUUCCAGCGAGGACAUUAUUGGGCAAAAGUAUGACCGCUGCCUGGCUGACUUCCUGGUGAAGGCUGGUGUCGGCUUCAGCGCAGGUGUCGUCGCGUCCGUCAUCCUUUUCCGCCGCAAGACGUGGCCCAUAACCCUCUCUACCGGCUUUGGUGCCGGUAUGGCCUACGCGGACUGCGACCGCUCCUUCAACCCGACCAGAAUACCGGGCACCCGUGUCCAACCUGUAGCAGCCCCGGAGACCAAGUAAUCGCAUAUAGACCACAUCCCCAUGUCCCCGCUGCGGUACUGCUAUGGAAGACCUCUAGUGCAAGUUGGCAAUGCAUGAGCUUCGUGCGGAACGCAUAUAUCGCCCACCUCUCCCGUUACGGCUUGUUCGAUCGCGGAGGAAGAUGGAACGCGUCCUCGGGGCGGGGACCUGGUUUCCCCGGUUCCACCAAGCGUUGUGGUUGACCCAGAACGAGGCGCUUGUACAGCACGAAACCCGUCCCGCACAUGAGGGGUACAGUCGCGACGAUCAUGCCCACCCGGCGCUGCUGGGGGCUAAACUGCCGAUGAGAGC